GGGAGGGGCGGGCUGUGCCGGUGUGAGCGGAGCCGGGGCCAUGGGCGGCCUGACGCUGGCUCGGGCCGUUCGGAGAGCGGUGCUGCUGCCGACUAUGUUGACGUUCGGUGUGAUCGUGGCGUCGGGUGGGCUGCUGCUGAUGAUCCAGAAGGGUAUGCUGGCCGAGGUGGACACUCUGAGCGGCCGCUCGUACGGAGCCCGGGGCCCGGCCGGUGGCGGCGGCGACGACGGCGGUGAUGGGGGACCAGGGGGGCGGCGAGGAGUUCAAGCUGCUGCCGGCAUCGGGGACAAGUGGAAAUGGGACGAGGACCCCGAGUACCAGAUUAUUCAAGAUAUUCGGAAUAGGACCAUUCAGAAUGUAUGCAAACCCAAAACGAUGCCGCAUAAUAUUUUUGAUUUAACAUCACCUCAGCGACGGAAUUUACUGAAACACAUCCUGGUCAAUGAUAAAUACAGAUUCUUGUAUUGUUAUGUACCCAAAGUUGCAUGUUCUAACUGGAAACGUGUUAUUAAAGUUCUGAGUGGUGUGCUGGAUAAUGUCCAUGUCCAGAUAAAAAUGGAUCACAAAAAUGACCUGGUCUUCCUUGGAGAUUUAAAAAACAGUGAAAUUAAAUACAGAUUGAGACAUUAUUAUAAAUUUUUGUUUGUUCGAGACCCAAUGGAGCGAUUGUUGUCAGCUUAUAAAAACAAGUUUGGGGAAAUUGAGGCAUACCAGCGGAGAUAUGGAAUGGAGAUAGUGAGAAGGUAUAGAAAACACGUGGGACAAUCCAGGGGAGAUGAUGUUACUUUUACAGAAUUUCUUCAGUACUUGGUGGAUGAAGAUGUAGAAUCAAUGAAUGAACAUUGGAUGCCUGUUUACAAUCUAUGCCAGCCAUGUGCUGUGACAUAUGACUACAUUGGUUCUUAUGAACGAUUGCAAAGUGAUGCGCACCAUGUACUUCGAAGUAUUGGAGCCCCACUUCAUGUGGAAUUCCCUCAAAGGCAAGCAUGGUAUAAACCCAUCACUAAAGAGACCAUACAUUACUACCUGUGUAAAGUGCCACAAGAACUUCUCAAUGAACUUUUGCCAAAGUAUAUUCUAGACUUUUCACUUUAUGCAUACCCUCUCCCAAACGUUACAAGUGAAUAUUGCAGACAUUGAAGGGCCAAGAUGUGUUGGUAGAAACCCUUCUCUAUUUAUAUUCUAAAUGGUAAAUAUGGAGUUGUUAGUAUUACACCAAGGUUAUAACAUUAUUUUUGUGUGAUGUCAUUAUAUACCUGUACAGCACUAGGAUUGUUACCUUCCUAAAGGAAUGGUGGUUCUUUGCCGCUAAUCCCUCCCUCAUCUUGAGUUUAGCCAUCAUCAGUUAGUUUUCAGAAGUGAACAUUAAAUUAUUGUCCAAGACCAAUAUUAUUGGCACUAAGCUUCAACUACAUUUCCCUCUAUUUUUUCAUCAGUAGAAUAUUCUGCAGUUUCUUGCCCACUUAUUAAUGAUUACCAUUGGAAUAGUACUUAUUAUAAUUUAGUGAUGUUUAUCAUUCAAUUCCAUCUCAUGUCAAAGAAAAUCUGAGCAGAAUAGCAACACAGUGAAUCUUACUAGAGUGUAAACAUAUUUUUCCAGAUUCAGAUCUUUUGCUGUCUUUUAAAUCUCAUUUUCUUAUUUAAGAAAAAGAGCAGGUCUCAAAUCCUGAAUCAUUGAUAAUUCUCGAGUCUGGUUUUUAAUUGUGCCACAGUAGCAAAAGCCUUAACAAUGCAAUCGAGAAUUAGCUGUAUUUGACCAGGCCCUGUGUUGCUUUUUGUUUAUUCUCCCCACUAUAAUGAAGAGAUUGAGUGGAGCAGAAUAUGCUUUUUUUAAAUGAGCUUCUAUAGGUUGGUGGUGGAAAAUCAGUUGUAUUUAUAUAUUCCAAAAGCUGAUAUCAGUUGAGCGGAAUACAAGGUAUUGGGAGCAAGUUGGGCUGAUAAUAGUUCAGUUUUUUUAAAAGGGUCUAUUUUUUAUGAAGAUAUUACAAAUGAAAUAAAAUAUUACCACUU